GAAGGUGAGUGCUGCAAUUAAAUGAAUAUAUUUUCAUAUAAUGUUAGAGGAUUGAGGGGUGCGGGGAAGAAGAGAAUGGUUAGAGAUUUAGUAAUUGGAGAAGGUGUGGACUUCCUAGCUAUCCAGGAAACUAAGAAGGGUGGAAUAGAUAGGAAAUUAUGUAGAUUGUUGUGGGGAUCUGAGGAGUUCGACUGGGUGGCUAAGGAUUCCGCAGGACUGUUGGGAGGUAUGGUCUGUGUAUGGAAUUCUAAAACACUCAGAUUGGUGAAAGUUUGGGAGGGUGAGAACUUCAUUGGGAUUCAAGGGAGGUGGGUAGCAGAGGAUGUUUGUGUUAAUAUCAUCAAUAUUUACUCUCCAUGUCAAUUAGCGGGAAAGAGAAGCUUAUGGGGGGAAUUGAAAGAUUUAGUUCUGCAGACAAGAGGGCUAUGGUGUCUUGUGGGUGAUUUUAACACGGUAAAAAAUGUAGAGGAGAAAGUUGGAAGCCAAGCAGUAACUACUGAGAUGAGGGACUUCAAUAAUUUCAUUAUGGAAGCAGAACUGAUAGAUAUACCAUUAGUGGGCAGAAAAUUCACAUGGUAUCAACCGUGUGGCAAAUUGAUGAGCAGAAUAAACAGGUUCCUAUUGUCCGAAGAGUGGUUGAAUAAGUGGGGUGAGGCAACUCAGUGGGGUCUAACCAGAACUGUAUCUGACCACUGCCCAAUCCUUCUUAGACAUAAGAAAGUAAAUUGGGGACCUAAGCCAUUCAGAUUCUUUGAUACCUGGCUAGAGCAAGAAGGGUGUCAAGAGGUGAUAAGAGAAGCAUGGAGAGGGAAAAAAAUUAAUGGGUGGGCCGAAUUUCGCCUCAAAGAGAAACUCAAAAUCACCAAAAAGGCGUUGAAGGCAUGGAGCAGAAAUUUUGUCCUAGAAAUAGAAAGAAGAAUAAGAGAAGCUACGGCAGAGAUCUUGCAGCUAGAUGUGAAAGGAGAGACGACUCAGCUAUCUGAGGAAGAGAUUGAGACAAGAAGACAUGCAUUCUUGUCUUUGUGGGAUAGCAUCAGACACAAAGAGAGUAUGCUGCAACAAAAAUCCAGGAAAGUAUGGCUAGCGAAGGGUGACGCAAACACGAAAUUUUUCCACAAUUGUGAUAUAUUCACGGAGGAGAAGUGGAUGAGGCCAUCUAUAGAAGGAACAGAAUUCAAAAAAAUCUCCUCGACAGAUAAUGUCUUUCUCACUGCACCUUUCUCCGAAGAAGAGAUAAAGUCAGUUGUUUGGGAUUGCGAAAGCUCAAAAGCACCGGGUCCGAAUGGCUUCAAUUUUAAAUUCAUCAAGAGCGAAUGGGAGACAAUCAAAGGGGAUGUGAUUGAAUUUCUUCAUGAAUUUCAGAAGAAUGGCAAGUUGGUGAAGGGUCUAAAUACGUCAUUCAUAGUUCUUGUGCCAAAAGUAGAAAACCCACAAAAAAUUGAAGAGUAUAGACCAAUCUCGCUGAUCGGGGGUAUAUACAAAAUCCUUGCAAAAUUGCUUGCUAACAGACUCAAGAAGGUGCUGGUUGGAAUAGUCGGUGAACAACAAAUGGCAUUUUUAAACGGUCGGCAACUAAUGGACGGGGUUGUAAUAGCAAAUGAGGUCAUUGAUGAAGUAAAAAAGAAGAAGAAGGAAGCGUUUUUAUUGAAGAUUGAUUUUGAGAAAGCAUAUGACAAAGUGAGCUGGAGUUUUCUUGAUUUUAUGCUGCAAAGAAUGGGUUUCUCAAAUAUGUGGAGAAAAUGGAUUAUGGAGUGCCUAAGCUCAAGUAUGGUGUCGGUUUUGGUCAAUGGCAGCCCGACCAGACAAUUCUCUAUAACCAGAGGUCUUCGUCAAGGGGACCCAUUAUCCCUAUUCUUAUUUCUGAUUAUUGCAGAAGGGAUUAAUGGGCUGGUUGUGAAAGCAGUGGAGAAAGGCUUUCUUGAAGGUGUAGAAGUGGGAAAUAAAGGCUUCAAGGUCACACAUCUCCAAUACGCAAAUGACACAUUGCUGUUCGGCAAAGCUAUUGAUGAAAAUGUAUGGGCUUUGAAGAGCAUCUUGAGAUCAUUCGAACUGGUAUCGGGACUGAAGAUAAAUUUCAACAAAAGUCAGCUUAUUGGCAUCGGAGCAAAGGAAGAGUGGUUAGAAAAAAUGGCAUGGGUUUUGUGCUGCAAAAAAGGGUGCUUGCCUUUUAAGUAUCUGGGGAUACCAAUUGGGGGGAGGUGUGGUAAGCUCUCAUUCUGGAAACCAGUUCUGGAGGGUGUGACCAACAAACUAUCCUCAUGGAAAGGGAGAUAUUUAUCUCUAGGAGGAAGGAUUACUCUCAUAAACUCAGUGUUGUCUAGUCUACCCGUGUUCUGGAUGUCCGUGUACAUGAUCCCAAAAGGCACAAUUCUCUUUAUUGAUAAAAUCAGUAGGAGAUUUUUGUGGGGAGGUGUGGAGGGAGGAAAGAAAAUAAAUUGGGUUAGAUGGGACAAGGUAUGUAGGGACAAAGAUCAAGGGGGUUUAGGUGUGAAGGAUUUAAGGAAGUUUAAUUUAGCAUUGCUUGGGAGGUGGUGGGGGAGAUUGGUUAACGAGGAAGAUGGGCUUUGGAAGAAAGUUAUUUUGCAGAAAUAUGGUAGGGACGGGGAACCAAGUUAUAAUUGGUUAAGGGAUAGUAGCGGUUUUGGGUCAAGAUGGUGGAGGGAUAUAUGUAGGUUGAAUGUCAUAGAUCAGGAGCAUGAGGGUUGGUUAGCAAAGGGGCUGAAUAUUAAAAUAGGAGAAGGGGAUAGUGUGAAAUUCUGGUGGGACGAUUGGGGUGGGAGAGGUAUAUUGGCUAACAAAUACCCAAGAUUGUACUUAAUCUCUGCAGGUAAAGACAAUAUGGUUUCACAGAUGGGACGAUGGUCCAAUGGCAGCUGGAUAUGGGAACUGCAAUGGCGGAGAAGGUUAUUUAGCUGGGAAGCCCAAGAAGAAGCAGAGAUCAUGAAGGAAAUUCAGGAAACAACUAUCAGGAUAGGAAAAACUGAUGUUUGGGAGUGGGUUCAUAGUAACAAUGGGGUUUACACAACAAAAUCUGCUUACAAGGCUCUUAAAAUGGAGGUCGAGCAAGAACAACAAGGAGUUAACCUCCAAAAAGUAUGGAACGCAAUGGUGCCAAGUAAGGUUUCUGCAUUUUCAUGGCAACUUCUUCAGGAUAAAAUCCCCACAAAGGCAAAUCUCUUCAAAAGAGGUGGUGGGGAAUUAGUACUGUGCUGGACAGAGAAGGGAGUAAAGAAUGAUAGCAUUUUUAAAGGAAAAGAAGCUGACAAGAGCAGGCUGCUUGAACUGGUUCAGCUAAGAUCCUUCAGCUGGAUAAAAAGCAGGAAGAAAUGCUGUCUAUUUUCAUGGCCUGAUUGGGUGCAGGACCCGGUGUCCUGCUUAAAAGACGCUGCUGCAAGGAAAAGGAAAAUCAGAGAGGUAAUAACAGGGUGAGCAAUGGACUCCUUGGGAAGUGGAACUCGUUUAUAUCGAUGGGCAUAUGCUUUUUGGGGGAAUUUGUUGCUGGCUAAGCACAUUCCCCUCUGUAAAAGGUUUGGAGUACACCCAGUACUCCUAUAAUGAAAAUUAUAUUUGCUU